AUGUCAGAUUUCUCCUUUUUCGUCGACACUUCGCGAGAAAUUCCGCUCGAUACAAAUUCCGGAAUGUUCAGUGUUAUGGAAUGGGUGACCGUGGUCGGCGCGGUGGUGAACCUUUUCGGGCUGUUCGUCAUCGUAUUCCAUACGCCGUCGAGCAUGAAAACUUAUGGGAGGGCGCUAUCGGCGUAUCAGGUGAUUUCCCUAUUGGCGGACGGCUUGGUCGGUUCGGGUCUGGCCCCUUACCUGAUCUUUCCGGUCCCCGGCGGCUUUCCGGUCGGGUGGAUGUGGCAAUUCGGCCUGACGACGCAGCUUCAGAUUUUCCUCGGCUUCGUCUUCAUCGGCCACAUGGUGACCCUGAUCGUGACGAUGUUCGUCGUCCGCCACCAGACCAUCAUGCCCGGCGACAACAUCUUGAAGAUGAGCCCGAGCAUCCGCCUCGGCUUCUACAGUUUCAUGCAAGUUUGGCCAUAUCUCCACUUUGGCAUCAUGUUCUUCAUCGUUUUCUCUAACGACGAUCAGCCAAAAAUGAGAGAUCACUAUCUGGACAAAUACCCCAUCUUCCGCCAAUUCAUCCUGGUCCCCCGCUUCUACGCCUUUUCCGACGAGGCCGGCAUGUUGAUCAUGAUCAACGUCUCCGUCUGGGUGGUGAUCGUUGUGGUUAUUGUUGGCGGAGCCAUUCUCACGAGCUUCUACAUCCUGGAAUCGAGACGCGACCAGAUCAGCGUCCGAACCUUUAAGCUCCAACGGAAAUGGAUUCAUAAGUGUAUUUUGCAGGUAUCAAUCCCAAUGAUCACUAUAUUGACGCCGAUUCUCGGCGGCGUCUACAUUUUUGUGACAAAAACUGUGGCAAUGUUUGGGUUGAUCCCGACCGCCGAGCUGAUCCUCAGCCUCCACGGCUCGCUCUCCACCACUGUAACUCUGAUGCUCUACCGCCCGUAUUACGCCUACGUUGAGCAAAUCGUCUGGGAUCUGCUCGCAAAAAUACUGCCAUGUCUCAUCCAGCCAAAAACCUUCCCGACCGGCGAGGCAACGACGGUCGUCCAGGCUGCCGGCCAACUGCCACGACGAUUCAGCCUCGCCGCCCGGCUCGUACAUCAAAAUCGCGCUAUGACGAACGUGUCGAUGACGCGGAGCAGCUAC